GCACACACAGGGAAGGCGAGCAGUCCAAAAGACCAGCAAACUAACAACUGCUUCUACGCCUGGGUCACUGUUCGAAGCAAAGCCACUGCAAUAAGAGAAUCUGUUAGGAGAGAAGGACAGAAGUAAUUUGGUAAAUCAUGACUUUCUUUCUUCUACUAUGUGCCUGCCUCAGUGUCUCCUCUGCAACAGUAAUGUUUGAACCAAUAAACGAUGAGGACAGUACCCUUAGUGUUAGCAUCCCUGUGGAGCAGCCGCUGCGCCCCCUGCUCGGUGGAAAGGCGGUUAUCCCCUGUUAUUUCCGGGACAACACCGUCCAUGACCCUGGAGCCCCUACUAUUGCUCCUCGUUCACAACGCAUCAAGUGGAGCUACAUUUACAAAGGCAAAAUAAGCCUCAUCCUGGUGGCAAUUGAGGGAUUAAUACACACUGAUCCAAAUUAUUUGGACCGGGUGACCAUGGUGAACUAUCCAUCAGUUCCCACAGAUGCCACCAUAGAGAUCUCAGAGCUACGCUCCAGCGAUUCAGGGACAUACCUAUGUGAGGUCAUACAAGGCAUUGAUGGCAAGUAUGGCUCAGUAGAGAUGCAUGUUCAAGGCAUCGUGUUCCACUACAGGGCCAUAACCAGCCGCUACACCCUGACAUUCGACAUGGCAAAAGCAGCCUGCAUCAUGAACGAUGCCGUUAUUGCGACUCCUGAACAGCUGCAAGCUGCUUAUGAUGACGGAUUUCACCAGUGUGAUGCAGGCUGGCUCUCAGAUCAGACUGUCAGGUAUCCCAUUCAUGAGCCCAGGGAGCCUUGCUUUGGAGACAAGGAAGGUUAUCCAGGUGUACGAACAUAUGGAAUCAGAGAUAAUAAUGAGACCUACGAUGUAUACUGCUUUUCAGAGAAGAUGUCUGGCAGAGUAUUCUACUCCAUGUCCAUGAAAAAGUUUACAUUUUCGGAGGCAUCUGAACAGUGUGGGAAACUUGGAGCCCAACUAGCCACCACAGGGCAAUUGUACUUGGCCUGGAAAGCUGGAAUGGAUGUGUGCAAUGCUGGGUGGUUAGCAGAUGGGAGUGUGAGAUAUCCUAUUAACAUUGCCCGCCCUCAGUGUGGUGGGGGUCUCCUGGGUGUACGGACUGUGUACCGUUUUCCGAACCAGACAGGAUACCCCGACCCAGACUCCUACUAUGAUGCCAUCUGCUAUGAGGAAGAGGAAAAAGUACCCACUCCUUACCCUCCAGGACCUGCUGUACAUGUGACCACAGACUCCUACACCCCAGUACCUAUGAUUCACAUAACCACAGACAUCCAUACCCCAGGGCCUGAGAUUCACAUGACCACAGACACUGACUUUAGUGUGGGCACCUUCAGCUCCAGUCCAGUCGCCUAUCCUGAGAGUGACACCACUGAGGGGGAAGCUCGAGGGGAGUUUGUCAGCGAGCCCUGGGUUACCACUAUGGUGCCACCCCCUUCCUUCUUUACUACUGAAAUAGAGAAUGUCACGGAGGAUGUGCUCGUUGUAGCUGUAGCUCCGCCUGUUGUACACGAGGUACCUCGAGAAGAUGCCAAAAUUGAAUUUAAAGGAGUGGUUUUCUACUACCAAUCAGGUUCCGCACACAAUUUCACUUUUAGUGAGGCUCAGUUGAUCUGUCGUGGACAAGGAGCGGAAAUAGCCACACCAGAACAGUUGCAGGCAGCCUAUGAGGCUGGGCUGCAUCAGUGCAGAUCUGGCUGGCUUAAGGACCAGUCUGUCAGGUACCCUAACGCCGAUCCUGAGGAGUGCUCAAGAGAUCAAAACAAUGCUUCUGGGGUGAUCUCUUUUGGAAUUAGGCCUGCAGAUGAACGCUAUGAUGUCUAUUGCUACAUCGACCCAAUAGAAGUGGAUGCCUUCCAUAUCAGUUCCCUGGGAAACCUUACCUUCCAAGAGGCAGAGGAUUACUGCCAUAGCCAGAAUGCCACCCUGGCCUCCACAGGGGAGCUGUAUGCAGCCUGGAGUCAGGGCCUCCAUAACUGCAACCCAGGCUGGUUGUCCGAUGGCAGUGUCCGCUACCCAGUUCAAACUCCAAAUCUCAGCUGUGGUGUAAAUAAAACAGGAAUUUACACCAUUUAUUCUAACCCUGACCAAACUGGAUUCCCAGAUCCUUUCUCCAGAUAUGAUGCUUAUUGUAUUAGAGAAAGUGGUUAUGAAUUUGCUAGUGGGUUACCGAGUGGAAGUGUACCUGAGAGUGGCCUUCCCAGUGCUGAAGGUUCCAGCACUGACUUCCCCAGUCGAGUUGCAUCUGGAAGUGGCUUUCCCAGUGCUGAAGGGUCCAGCAGUGGUUUCCCCAGUGGAUAUCCAUCUGGAAGUGGCUUUCCCAGUGCUGAAGGUUCCAGCAGUGGCUUCCACAGUGGAUAUCCAUCUGGAAGUGGCUUUCCCAGUGCUGAAGAUUUCAGCAGUGGCUUCCCCAGUGGAGAUUCAUCUGGAAGUGGCUUUCCCAGUGCUGAAGAUUUCAGCAGUGGCUUCCCCAGUGGAGAUUCAUCUGGAAGUGGCUUUCCCAGUGCUGAAGGAUCCAGCAGUGGCUUCCAAACUGGAUAUGCAUCUGGCAGUGGCCUUGGUUCUGGUAGCGGAACCAGUGGUGAUGUGUUGGGCAGUACAACAGGGGGGGUGUCUGGGUCUGGUUAUGCCUCAGACAUCUCUGUCAUCUUCAAGGAGAGAGUUCAUUUUCAAGGAGAGAGCUCUACUGUUGGAGGCUUUCAUGAGGCAGCAAAAGGGAGUGUAGAGUUUUAUGCCUCAGGAAUGGAAUCUGGAGACAUCAGUGGGGAUGACUCAGGAUCAGAUUAUGUGUCUGAAUCUGGACAGGAUAGUAACGGGUCUGGUGGUCUAGCAUCUGGAUCUGGCAGUGGAGAUAUAAUCAUCUUGGUUGAUGGAGCAAUAACCAAUAUGCCCUUUCCACAGCCUAAGUCAGAGCUAGAAGCUGUUGGAGGACAGCCAGAGGUUAGCGGAUUUAGUGGCAUCCAUAGUGGUGACAUCAUAAGCGGUUCUGCAUUCAGUGGAAUGCCAAUUGGUGAUGUCAUAAAUAGCUCUGGAUUCAGUAGUAUUCUCAGAGGUGAUAGCAUAAGUGGCUCUGUAGUGAGUGGCAUGCCAAUUGAUGACAUAAUUAGUGGCUCAGGAGUUAGAGGAUUGCCCAGUGGCAAUGCCAUAAGUGGCUAUGAGGUCAGUGGAGUGUCCAGUGGUGAUGCCAUGAGAGUUCCACCUUCAUCAGAUUUGGUUAUUGAAGAUGUUAAUGAAACCAAUGUGCCACCUAUCAACAGCACCAAUACCACCACAUUAUCUUUUACAACCAGUCCCUUGACAUUGCACUUGACACCAGCUACCAUGGAGCAGCCCACUGUUACUGAGGCAAUACAUGGAUGUGCAGAAGACUGGGUGGAAUUUGAGAGCAGCUGCUAUAUCUUUUUUAAUGUCAGAAAGAAUUGGACGAGUGCAGAGCAGCACUGCCGAGAAAUAAACUCUAAUCUGCUGAGCAUCACUUCUAAGAAAGAGCAAAUAUUUGUCAACAAUCACAUUUGGGACUACCAGUGGAUUGGACUAACUGAGCGAGAUCAUCUACGAUGGACAGACGGAAGCCCUUUGGAAGAUAAAAACUGGAUACUGAACCGUCCGCAUAGGGAUUUUAAUCCUGAAGAAGACUGUAUAGCAAUGGUUUGGAAUGAGUCUAGCCAAUGGACUAAUAUGCCUUGUAACUCUCAGCUGCCCUACACAUGCAAAAGUAGAUCUGUCAAAUGCUCUACACCACCUGAGGUCGAAAAUGCCAGAAUGUUAGGAAACAGGAUGGAGUACUAUUCAGUCAACUCCAUCAUCCGCUACCAGUGCGACCUUGGAUUCACACAGCGGCAUCAUUCGGUGAUACGCUGCAUGCCAGAUGGCCAGUGGGAAAAGCCUAAAGUGGAAUGUGUAGAAAGCACUUCAAGAAAACGUUUCCUAAUGAGGUUAAACGAAGGAACCUACAGUCAAACAUGAAGAAAAGUCCUCUAAACAGGACACAAGGCACACACUUCAAAUCAUCUAGAGGACUGUUGUUAGUAAAAAGCAUCUCUGCACAAGUCUUAUUUGCCCAGAAGAAAUCCAGUAGCCUAGGUAACAGGGUCCACUUAUUACAAUGAUGCACAUUAGUUUCUGUUCUGUAGUUCGCCUGGCUGAUUUAUUUUUGAGUGUUACUCGGUGCCUUGGUGUUGGGGAAAAAUAAGAAGGAACAAGUUUUCUGAGUGAAAGUUCAAGGACAGAACAUCUUCCCACCAAUUUAUUUCUUGUUUCGUAUACAACCCAAUUUUUAACCCAAGGUUAACCCCCUAAAGUCGAAGCUUUUUUUUUUUUUAGUUAUUCAAGAUUGACUAUAUUAUUCAGUGACUACUUGGAUUUAUUCCGUAACUAAAGAGAAACUAAUUUGAAAGCAAUUACAAGAGUGAAGAAAGUGAGUAGACCAAACAGUGGGUAGGAGAAUAAAAACUAAAUUUGAUUAUUUAAACCUAAAAGACCUUAUAAAGUAUAAAAACUAAAUCAUCAUUUUAGAUUUUUAAUCAGUAAUAGGCUGAAAAUUUUGUGGACAUGGUGAAAAAAAAUGAAGCCCUGGAAAAAAACUUGCGACACUCUUGGUCACUUUAUUCUUCCUGCUUUGCAUCAUUUUCUCUGCUUUUUCAUGCGAAUGAGUUAAAAAAAAAAAAGAAAGAAAGAGUGAGUGAGUGAUUGUAGGGUUGGCAAUAUAGAGUAACACAUAUAAAAAGACAAAAGGCUUCAGUGACUACAGCUGGAUAUAAUGAACUCAAAAGUAUUUCAAAUUAAUUCUGAAGACACUUUAUUUGUUUUGUUUGUUUUUGCUGUUUGUCCUUUGUUUGUAUGCCUAGCUUCAUGACAGAAAGCAAGUGAGACUGUGAAAGAUAAAAACAUCCAUUGCAUUUCUGUUUCUAUUCACUGGAAAGUUUUAAAUUCAUGAUAUGUUUUAACAACUGAAAUGAAAACAUUAUUUAUUAAGGACUAGAGGCUUGAAGCAUAUUUAAAGUUCUUUUAACUUAGGAACGCUAGUUCCCAAAUGAAGCAAUGUUUAUAUUACAGAGAUUGCUAGAGCCACCGAGAAAAUGUUCACAAGCCAAAUUUUAGCUGAGUAACCCAGAGCCAUCUCUGUAAGUUAAGCAGUGAUCAUUGCACUGGUUUGUUAUUUAGUCAUGCAGAAUAAUAGCCAACACUUUUAUAUGCCGUUGUCUUGCUGUCAACUGUUACACUGAGCUCAUAGCUAUCCGAGUGCCAUACCUGUGUCCACUGAAUAAACCAAGACUAAAUAUGUGUGUUUCCAA